UUAAUGGAGUUUAGUACAUGGCGGUGAUAAAAGGCUAUGGUAAAGGUUACAUUAAUCCCAAAUAUUGCUAUUAGUAAUGCCUUCCAUUGGUAAAUAGCUUAUGGUGUCAUAACCUUAAUAUGUACAGAUGUGGUUGACAGUGAGAUCUUGAGAGAAAAUAGAGAUAAGGUGCUUCAUUUGAAGUUUGCAGAGUGCUAAUUUUUUGUAGCAUCUUGUGUCGCUAUGUCAGACGAUGAAGAUAAGCCCCCAGCACCUCCUGUGCGCCUGACAAGUAACAGGGGUGAUUCUACCCCAAAUCUUCCAGUGGAUAUGCGUCCUCUUCCCAAGGAACCAGAUGCAGACGAUCGCAAGAAAAAGACGUUGAAAGGCAAGAUGAAACAAAAGGGGAAGGAUAGUGAGAAACCUAACAUUUCAUACCCAACAAAUUUUGAACACACAGUUCAUGUUGGAUUUGAUGCAAUAACGGGUGAAUUCACGGGUAUGCCUGAAGCCUGGGCACGUUUGCUCAUGAGUUCCAACAUUAGCAAACAGGAACAAAAGAAGAAUCCUCAAGCUGUACUUGAUGUACUCAACUGGUUUGAUAGUUCCAGUAAAGAAGCAAAAGGAUCCAAGUAUAUGACAACUACAAAAAUGGUUGCAACUGUGGACCUAGCACCGUCACCUCGACCAAGUCUGCGCCAGGGAGCCACCAACUCAGGAUCUAGCCACAGUCAGCAUAGUUUGAGCCAUCCAUCAAGUAGCAGUCCUUCCUCAACCACCCCUGAUACAGAGGGAGGGGGCAAUGUCACGUCUGCAGCUACAAGCAGUGAGGUUGAAGAAGAACCUCCUCCACCACCCAUUGCCACUAGACCUGAAAGGACAAAGUCAAUUUAUACAAAACCAAUUGAAGAAGAAGCAGUUGUGUCAUCUGGAAACCCUCCUCCACCUCGCACCACUAAUGGGACUCUGGAUAAAAACCGCAACAAUGCUAGUGUAGGACCUGGCGGUGGAACAGGCGGUGGAGAUCCAAGAACUCCUAGUGAUAAGGCUCGUAAAAAGAAAAUGAGUGAUGAAGAAAUUUUAGAACGAUUAAGAACAAUAGUUAGUGUUGGAGACCCCAACAGGAAGUAUACCAAGAUGGAAAAGAUUGGACAGGGUGCUUCAGGAACAGUGUACACCGCUAUUGAAACAUCAACGGGAAUGGAAGUGGCUAUCAAACAGAUGAAUUUAUCACAGCAGCCCAAGAAGGAACUGAUUAUCAAUGAAAUACUAGUAAUGCGAGAAAACAAGCAUCCCAAUGUAGUGAACUAUCUAGAUAGCUAUCUGGUUGGGGAGGAACUUUGGGUUGUGAUGGAAUAUCUACCAGGAGGAUCUCUCACAGAUGUUGUGACAGAAACAUGUAUGGAUGAAGGUCAGAUAGCAUCUGUUUGUCGAGAAGUGCUUCAGGCUUUGGAGUUCUUGCACUGUAACCAAGUGAUUCAUCGAGACAUAAAAUCUGAUAACAUCCUCCUUGGACUGGAUGGCAGUGUUAAAUUGACUGAUUUUGGUUUCUGCGCACAGAUUUCUCCCGAGCAAUCAAAGCGCACCACAAUGGUAGGGACGCCAUACUGGAUGGCACCUGAAGUUGUUACUCGCAAGCAGUAUGGGCCUAAAGUUGAUAUAUGGUCUCUUGGUAUUAUGGCAAUUGAGAUGAUAGAAGGGGAGCCUCCGUAUUUAAAUGAAAACCCUCUUAGGGCUCUUUACCUUAUCGCAACCAAUGGGAAGCCAGAUAUUAAAGAGAAAGAGAAGCUAUCUCCGAUCUUCCAGGACUUCCUGGACCAGUGCCUAGAAGUAGAGGUUGACAAGCGGUCACCUGCAUCCGAACUGCUCAAACAUCCCUUCCUGAAGCUGGCUCGUCCCCUAGCAAGCCUGACACCGCUCAUCAUGGCAGCAAAGGAAGCAGCAAAGAGUCACUAGUUGUCAGCAUGAUGUCACUGCAUGGAACAGUUACAUCAGUAUCUUGGUGGGGUGCCGUGGUGUUGGACAACAAGAGAGUGAGUGAAUGUUGCGUGAGGAAGAGUAUGUGAGCAGCUCAAAACAGAUUAGUGACUGAUAGUGGAGUUUCAGUGAUGGAGUGAAGUUAGAAAUCAUGAGUGGUUUAAGUGACAUUUCAAAACUAAAGAAUACUGGUAAUGGAAUUUGAAUCAUGAUUAACAUAUUUAAUUUAAACCAUUAUGAAUAAUGCAAAGAUUGUACUCUUUGUGGUUUACAUACAUACUCAUUGAGAAAGGAAUAUUAAUUAUCACCAUCAUCAUUAUUUUUAUUGGCACAUGUAGGGGGUAUGCGUGAUGAAAUGACAGGUUCUAGUUCGGAUGAUUGGAAUUAUUAACAGCUUGGUGACACCCUCUUUUAAUCACAUUUAAAUUAGAGCACUAUAGCUGAUUUACAUGCACCUCAUAAUUCACCGUUACACUCACACACUGGUCCUCUCCUGGUAAUGCAGUUAAAACACAGGAACCAGCACUUCAGUUCACUCCAAAUAUUUCACAUAAUUAAGGUAUUCAGAUCAUACUUUAAAUCUUCUACAAACUUCCUGUUGCUAUCACUCUUAACUGUUACUUAAACACACUCACUCUCAAAUACUCCCCUCUCUUCUGUCUCUUAACUGUCAUUAUAUAGCCUCCACAUUGACCAUGCAGAAAACAGCCUAUAUUGUUGGAACGUGUUUACUGAGUGAUCACAUAGCAACGGUCAGUGCACCGACUGCAUAGAAAAUACUU